UUGCCGCACGGUCACACUCGAAAAUUGUUUGCCCGCGCGAGGUGCUGCGUUUCAUUUCGGCUCGCAUCGGAAACACAAAAAAAUCUCUUAGCCGCCGGGAAAAUCGCGAAACAAUAUUGGGUUUUUUGUGAAAAAAUCAAGAAAAAUAUUGUCAACACAUUUUCCUAAGAUAACAACAAACAAAUGUGCGUGUGAAACAAUUGGCGACAACAACAAAUCGUGCACCCCAGACAGCCAGUGUGCGAGAGCGAGAGACCGUGAGAGGUGGUCGUGCGUCCCUCUCCAACACACACACUGAAUCGGCGCCGACGACGCGUACGCAACAAACGAAAAUAAAACGCAAGCGAAAAGGAGAGAGAAAGAACAAAUAACGCCCACCGUAACACCCCCCGCGAAUAAGAAGAAGAAGAAGCAGCAGAGAAGCUAAAGCAGAGAAAGACGAAGAAGCAGCAGCAAAAGCAGACGGCAGAAUUGGAGCUUUGCGCAGAAAUCGAUUUUUUUGCCCAUUUUAAGAGAUUUUCGGUAGCCUCUCCCACUGCCGAAAAUCGUUUAUCGCUGCGUCCGUGUCUGUGUGUGUGUUCGUGCGUGUGCCUGUGCGAAAGUGAAACAAACAAAUACAACAGGCAAAAGAUUAAAAUUAUAUAGUACCAGUGUGAGUCACAAAUAAAAAGAAGAAAAAAAAACAUAAAAAAGAAAAAAUUAAUUCAGCAGCAGCUUUAGCUUUUUAGCUGCUGGCAUUGAAGAGGUGCUCUGCCGCAGUCAACGUCGCUGCCGCCGCCCGCAACACGCGCUCUCUUUGCCUCUCUCUCCGUUUCUCUUGUGAGCGAAAUAACACCACACACACGUAAAAAAAAGCAUAAUAAUAUUAACCAAAACGCCAGCCAAAGUGCCAGUUAAGUUAUAAUUAUACACUACAAGUAAACCGAGAAAAGAGAGAGCUGCCAGCCAAAAGCGGAAAAUCAAUAAAAGGUCUCUCGCAAAAGUGGAAAAACGUGCAAACAAGUUAAAAGCAAGGCUGCAAAAAAGAAAAAGGAAAAACUCCGCGCGCGUUUACACGUGUGGUUUAUGUGUGUGCGUGUUUAACGUUUAACUGCUAAUCGCAAAAACGCAAUCUGCGAAGACCGCGUAACAAAGGCUUACGUAAAGCUUGGCAAAGAGGAAAAAAACCAAAUAACAACAACGAAGCAUAAAAAACAAUAUAUCCAAAAUCCAACAAAUUGAGAAACUCAACAGAAAACAAGGAUAGUCCCAGAAACUAGAAUCAAAUUCGCGCAACAAAUAAUACACCGAGAAUAACCUUCUCGCGCACCCUUCAAAAAGCAGGAUAACACCCCGACACAAAGAUGACUAAAGACAGAUUAGCCGCUCUCCAUGCCGCCCAAUCCGAUGACGAGGAGGAGACGGAGGUGGCCGUCAAUGUGGAUGGCCAUGAUUCCUACAUGGACGACUUCUUUGCCCAGGUGGAGGAGAUACGCGGCAUGAUCGACAAGGUGCAGGACAAUGUCGAGGAGGUGAAGAAGAAGCACUCGGCCAUCCUGUCCGCCCCGCAAACGGACGAGAAGACCAAGCAAGAGCUGGAGGAUCUGAUGGCCGACAUCAAGAAGAAUGCCAAUCGCGUGCGGGGCAAGCUCAAGGGCAUCGAGCAGAAUAUCGAGCAGGAGGAGCAGCAGAACAAGUCGUCGGCGGAUCUGAGAAUCCGGAAGACGCAGCACUCGACGUUGUCACGGAAAUUCGUCGAGGUGAUGACCGAAUACAAUCGCACGCAGACCGAUUACCGGGAGCGCUGCAAGGGAAGGAUACAGCGUCAGCUGGAGAUCACCGGACGACCGACCAACGACGAUGAGCUGGAGAAGAUGCUGGAGGAGGGCAACUCGUCUGUGUUCACGCAGGGCAUCAUCAUGGAGACGCAGCAGGCCAAACAGACGCUGGCGGACAUUGAGGCUCGCCACCAGGACAUCAUGAAGCUGGAGACAUCGAUCAAGGAGCUGCACGACAUGUUCAUGGACAUGGCCAUGCUGGUGGAGUCGCAGGGCGAGAUGAUCGAUCGCAUUGAGUACCAUGUGGAGCACGCUAUGGACUAUGUGCAGACGGCAACUCAGGACACCAAGAAGGCGCUCAAGUACCAGAGUAAAGCCCGACGAAAGAAGAUCAUGAUACUGAUCUGCCUCACUGUGCUGGGCAUCUUAGCGGCCUCAUAUGUUAGCAGUUAUUUCAUAAUCCAAGCAUCCAAGUAGCAUGCUCCUCAUCAAGGCCUAUAAUCUGCAUUAUCUACACACGUUUUGUAGUACAAUUCAGGCAAUGCAAAAUCAUUAUAGUUACUAAUUACAAUAAACGCAAUGUGUAUGAGUUUUAGACAACUAUUGUGAUUAAGAUACACAGUGAAAUGCUUUCGCUUCUAAGUAGGAAAUGCAAAUUUGUUAAUGCACCAAACGAACUCACGCGAAUUGGUCGAUUUCUGUUUUGAACACACGAAAUUGCCAACUGCAAAUGUCAGAGCUGCAUUGCAUUACAAGCACGUUUAUUUCUUAUUCAAUACGUUAAUUCACCUUUUGAUCUUUUGAACGAGCAACGAAUGAAAAAGUAAAUGAAAAGCCAACACUGCAACUACAACAGCAAUAGCGAAAAUCAGCACGUUUUCACCACCACCACCAAAACAGCAGCAACAACAACUGCAAAAAACACCCAGUUAACAACGCGUUCAGUGAAAAGAAAAAUCAAAAGAAAAAUAUAACAACUUCGUAUUAUGUCAAUCAAUCAAGCUGCAAUUUAAUUUCGACCACAAAAUGCAAUCUAAAUGCCCGAAAAAAAUGAAAAACAAACGAAAAACGCGACUCCGCCCUGCCACGCCCUCAUGUAUAUUGGAAGUUCCAGUGCUCCAGUGUUCCAAUGCUCCAGACCCGCAGCUUCCAGCGCGAAAAACAGCUGCAAUGCUCCAUUCCCACACGCCGAG